GGGUAGGACGUCAGGGCGGCCAUAUCUGUAUUCUGCUGCGGCUGAAGGAGAGGAACGGGAGUCAUGAAAGGGAUCCGAACUCUAAAUCAUUUCUCCGUGAGUCUUGUUACUCUAUCCUAUUAAACGUGUAUUUUACAACGAUAUAACAUGAGGUUUCGUGCAUUCUUUCCGUUGGGGAGUCAAUCGGAACCCACCCCGUGGACUAGCCAAGGCUGGCUAGUGGAAGCAGAUAGGUUAAUUAGCCUGUCGGUGACCCUAGCUAACGAUAACUAGGGAAUAGAUCUAGCUAGGCGCGCUACUUCUUUAUUCUAUCGUCUUGACCGAUAUACUGUAUCCAAUCGGUUUCAUGAACCAAUAAUAUCUAGCCAUUCUUACUUACAAACGAAGAUGUGUACUACAUUUUACGAUGGCAUGUUAACUACUGGCGAAUCGCUGUCAGGCUGUAUUGCUAGCUAGCUGUCACGUAGCCCAUGGUUCCACUCCAGCUCAACCCAUUGAAGGUCAUUGCGGUUCUGCUGGUUUUUCAGAUCAAUCCCACACUGACAAUCCUAGCCAGGUGACAUGCCACGGAACCAUCUGUCUCAAUUCACCUAUCAAGUAAUCUCAUUGCAAUGUUGAUUGGUAGUGAUGGAAUCAGUAACUGCCAGCUUUAGCUUCGAGAGUCUGACAAUAAGCCACCGGCUUUCUCCUGUCGUAUCUAGUGUACUGCUGAUUUCUAGGAAGCUUGACGAGUUAAUGUUUUGAUAUUGCCCUGUUUUUGAACAAUAGAUUAUAGUAUAUUUGGAGUGGGCUGCUGCAUUCCAGUGCUAUCUGCUAAAAUCCACAUUUGCAACAUUUUACAUGAACAGACUCAUCAAUAACAUAUUCCUUCCGUCUGCAAACACAUGGCCAAACGUUUUACAAUUAUUGCAUUGCAUCGGGUUUUGCACGAACGCUCUUACGGCAUAUCUUAUAUAUCCCAACUUUACAUAGGGUGGUAAAUACUAAUCAAACAUCAAUAAUACAGAUAAACUUAACUCCUUUUCUCCAUACGGGUCACGCGACACCCAUUAACUACUCCUGGAUUUUUUUGCCUAAAAUAUUGAUUAUCAAUGUCCAACGGGACGCUAGAAAUAACACUUUUUAUCGGUGCCCUGCUCCAAAAAUCAAAGCUGUUUACUUCGUGCGUCGAUAUUUUCGCGAGCCACAAUGCACACUCCUUUUGCUCUUUAGAUACACACGAUAUCAACACCAUACUACUCCUGGUUACUUUGACUGCAUCCACUUUUCCCAACGCCUUCUUCACCAUUCUCAUGACUUCAAACGGGUUUCCCAAAUAAACAUCUUUAUCCAAAAAAACGUACUCUAACAAGGAACGAUUCAUCAGAAUCAUUUUCCACAACAAUUGUAGCCCCUUUUGUUCCAUUCUUGGAUUUCACUGAUGUCCACUCAUCUUUCUCGCUAACUGUAUUCAACGCACUUUCAGCUUCAAACGACACUUCUGCUUCCGCCAUCUCACCGCCCUAGAACAUUUCACACUCAUUAGAUGUGUAAUUAAAGGGCCAAAUGCGCAACUAUAAGGGAAUUACACAAAAAAUGUGUUAGUUUUCUUCCAUACCCCCCCCCCCCCCCAAAAAAAAAAAAGGUAUGCUGUGAUUCAACCAUUGACAUGGACUCGGAGCAUCCAAUUUCGUUGUUUUUCUAUGAACAGUUCUAAUUUUGAGAGUGCAAAACAAAUCUAAAACCAGGAAAAAUAAAACUGAGAACAUAAUUUGGAAAAAUAUAAAACAGAAAACAGUGUACAGGAGAAGGUAGUGCACUAAGAACCCAGGGGAGAGAAGAGAAGAACAAUGUGCCUAUUUGAAAGCUAGAAAAAAAUGAGUAGCUUGCAACACAUUUCAUUUUUUAAAAGUAGCUCUCAUGCUAGAAAAGGUUGGAGACCCCUGAUUUGGGUAAUCUCUGUGGUUAUAACAUGAAAAUGCUCAAAUGUGGAAAAUUAUCGGUAAGACUGCAUGCAGCAAAAACAUGAGUAGCUUCUCUUUCUAUAUUGUUGUCUGGUCAAGCAGACACCAUAAUCUCUUCCGACAUUAGAUGUUUGACUGGGGGUUGGAUCAUAUCAGGUCUUUAGGAUUUAACCUUACUUCCGAUUGAGUUUCCCUACACCUCACCCUCAUCUUAACCAAGGUGCCACAGCCAAUGUAGGAUGUGUCCUCUCAGAAGGACAAAGAAGAAAAAGGCUGAACAUAUUUCAGGUUGGCUUGGCACCUAGUGAGUCUACCCUCAGAGUGGACUAUAUAUAAUCAAGAACACCCACUGCUCUAGUCUAGACCUCAGAAUUCAUCUCCCCUCUUUAGGUCUAGAGAAGGCUGCUCGUAUCACAAAACAUUCUCCUAAACAAAAACCUGUUAUGAUGGUUUAAUUUAAUCCACCUGUAGUAUUCUUUUCAGUCAUAAGAUGUCAUGUGACUGGGGUCAUUUGAGGACAGAAGGAAAUCUAGAUCCCUCCACAUUAAUUGAAUAGUGUAUCAUAUCAUAUUGUAAUUCCCUAGCUGAGGAAGUGCUGGUGAGUGUUUGUUGGCAUGAUUUUUGUCAUUUCCCUCCCCAGAGACGAUGCUAUGCAGCCAGGAGGAGUGAUGCCCUCACUGAGCCCUUGGCUGGCCUGAAGACUGGGGCUCCCCUGCCCCCACAGAGUGUCCAGGUAUGUCAUAGGGGCCAAUAAGUUUUCACAUGGGAUCACAAGAAAAACUCUGGGCCCAAACUGGGGUUUGGAGUUUUUCUUGGUGGAGUCAUAUGGUUAGGGGAAAAAAACCUAGGCUUGUGUUCUCCUGGUUUGGCCACGCGUGACGUCACUUAACUGAGGGAUGAAGACCUGCUCUACUCUCUGGCUAAGCAUUGUGAUUAUGUUCAUGUGGUAGACUUGUUUUAGGUAACUACCAUGUACGCACUUGUACUUAUUGUAUAGCAUAUGCUUGUUGGCAAUCACAGAGGUCAGACGUUUCUUGUAGUUGGCCACCAGGUUUUCACACAUCUCAGGAGGGAUUUUGUUCCACUCCUCUUUGCAGAUCUUCUUCAAGUCAUUAAGGUUUCGAGGAUGUCGUUUGGCAACUCGAACCUUCAGCUCCCUCUACAGAUUUUCUAUGGGAUUAAGGUCUGGAGACUGGCUAGGCCACUCCAGGACUUUAAUGUCCUUCUUCUUGAGCCAUUCCUUUGUUGCCUUGGCCGUGUGUUUUGGGUCAUUGUCAUGCUGGAAUACCCAUCCACGACCCAUUUUCAAUGCCCUGGCUGAGGGAAGGAGGUUCUCACCCAAGAUUUGAUGUUACAUGGCCCCGUCCAUCGUCCCUUUGAUGCGGUGAAGUUGUCCUGUCCCCUUAGCAGAAAAACACCCCCAAAGCAUAAUGUUUCCACCUCCAUGUUUGAUGGUGUUAUUGGGGUCAUAGGCAGCAUUCCUCCUCUUCCAAACACGGCGAGUUGAGUUGAUGCCAAAGAGCUCGAUUUUGGUCUCAUCUGACCACAACACUUUCAUCCAGUUCUCCUCUGAAUCAUUCAGAUGUUCAUUGGCAAACUUCAGACUGGCCUGUAUAUGUGCUUUCUUGAGCAGGGGGACCUUGCGGGCGCUGCAGGAUUUCAGUCCUUCACUGCGUAGUGUGUUACCAAUUGUUUUCUUGGUGACUAUGGUCCCAGCUGUCUUGAGAUCAUUGACAAGAUCCUCCCGUGUAAUUCUGGGCUGAUUCCUCACCGUUCUCAUGAUCAUUGCAACUCCACGAGGUGAGAUCUUGCAUGGAGCCCCAGGCCGAGGGAGAUUGACAGUUCUUUUGUGUUUCUUCAAUUUGCGAAUAAUCGCUCCAACACUUGUCACCUUCUCACCAAGCUGCUUGGCGAUGGUCUUGUAGCCCAUUCCAGCCUUGUGUAGGUCUACAAUCUUGUCCCUGACAUCCUUGGAGAGCUCUUUGGUCUUGGCCAUGGUGGAGAGUUUGGAAUCUGAUUGAUUGAUUGAUUGCUUCUGUGGACAGGUGUCUUUUAUACAGGUAACAAGCUGAGAUUAGGAGCACUCCCUUUAAGAGUGUGCUCCUAAUCUCAGCUCAUUACCUGUAUAAAAGACACCUGGGAGCCAGAAAUCUUUCUGAUUGAGAGGGGGUCAAAUACUUAUUUCCCUCAUUAAAAUGCAAAUCAAUUUAUAACAUUUCUGACAUGCGUUUUACUGGAUUUUUUUGUUGUUAUUCUGUCUCUCACUGUUCAAAUAAACCUACCAUUAAAAUUAUACACUGAUCAUUUCUUUGUCAGUGGGCAAAUGUACAAAAUCAGCAGGGGAUCAAAUACUUUUUUCCCUCACUGUUUUGGCUCAGCCAUAUUUUCCCCUCCAAAUUGGAAAAUGAACUUUUGGUUGUGUAGUUCAUCACAAGAACUUCGCCUCAGUUGAACAGAAUGGAAUGGUUAUUCUUAUUCACUCUGCAGUUUCCAAAACAACGAUGCUGCCAGUCUUACAUGUGUUCCAGCUGUGACAUCAUGACUCUCCCUCCCUGUGUUCUCUACUAGGUGUCCAAGCUGCCCAACGGUCUAGUGAUUGCGUCGUUGGAGAACUACUCUCCCGUGUCAAGUGUGGGUGUGUUUGUGAAAGCAGGCAGUCGUUAUGAGACUGUGGAGAACCAGGGAGUCAGUCAUGUCCUGCGGUUGGCAGCCAACCUGGUAAGUCCCAGUGGUUUUAUGAAUGGAUUGAUCUCUUUGACUUGUGAAUGAAUACAACAAUAAAUGCAAUUUCCAUCACAGCUACACUUUUUAAAAAAAGUCCUUAAGUUAUUGAAUGAACACUGUCACUGUUGUUGUUUUCAGACUACUAAGGGAGCGUCUGCGUUCAGGAUCUGUCGUGGUGUGGAGGCAGUGGGGGGCAGUCUGAGGUCAGUGAGUAUGGAGAGUACAGUAUACACUAUAUCUCCUCCCUCCCUGUUCCCUAAUCCCCCUUUCUGUCCUCAUGCAGAGUAUACAUUAUACUGUUCCCUAUCCCCCCCCUCUCUCCACAUACAGAGUGUAUUCUAUAAUAUAACCUCUGUUACCCUGUAUGGCUCAGUUGGUAGAGCAUGGCGCUUGCACCAACCAGGGUUGUGGGUUCAAUUCCCUGGGGCCACCCAUACGUAAAAUGUCUGCACGCAUGACUGUAAGUCACUUUGGAUAAAAGCGUCUGCUAAAUGACAUGUAUGUUGUUAUUAUUAUUAUUAUACACUUGAGUACACUGUUGUGUUGUGUACCCCUUCCCUCCUGGUCCCUUAUUCCUUCUCUGUGUCCCCCCUGACCUGCUGUAAAUAAACGUAAAUGUAGGAGGCACAGACUCCCCCCCCCCCCCCCGAUGCAGUGAAACAUUAACAGCAACUUCAACACCCAUACCUCACACAAGCUGUACAUUCACUCAAUUAUAGAUGCCACGCAUACAGUUGCCCUCUAGUCAACAGGGUGCUCACCUUUUAGGAUAGAGCAGAAUGCACAAGAUGAAAGAAGCACAGAUCGACACAUGCAUGUUGACAUUUAUUGGAAUGAAUCUUGUCCUGGGGGCAGAGCAAAGUGGUUUCCACUAGAUGGGCCAGCCACAAAGUCAAAAUUGGCUAUAUCAUUAAAAAAAUAAUGAACACAGAAAUUUUGUUUUUCGUCUCAAAUUAAGGUUAGGAAUAAGGUUUGUUCGUGUGGUUAAGGUUAGUUUUUAAAUCUGAUUUGAUGACUUUUUGGCUGUGCCAGCUAGUGACCACCCUGUAGAGCUGUAGAGUACAUGAAUCAUCCCAAUAAAUGCCAACCUGCACACACAGCACAAGAAUGUUCCUAUUUUCACCUCAUUGCAAAGCAAUGUGCAUCAUAGCUAGUCUAGUCUGGAGGAUGUAGCUAACGUCUGUUUUCUGUGUGUCCACAGCGUAACGUCAUCGAGGGAGACCAUGGUUUACUCUGUGGAGUGUUUGAGAGACCACUUGUAAGUACCCUUACCACCGCAGCCAGACUCCCUCAUAGUGUGUGGGUUUACUCUGGUGUUGAUAGAUGAGGAAACUUGAAUUACGGGCACUUUGUAUGCGAGUACAGGGUUGAUUCAUGGUGUAAUUAGCCCCUGUGUUUCUUACCUAUUUAUUAUAGAGGCUUCCCACAGGGCCACUUUAAGGAAAAUGUAAAUGUAAUCUUAAUUCAUCAUUUAUGUUGUGACUGUUGCAUUGUCCUUGUGGGUGUCCAAGUGUUUGUGUCUGCCCGUCCAACGUCCAUCCUUCUCCUCAGAGACACAGUGAUGGAGUACCUGAUCAACGUGACCACGACCCCAGAGUUCCGGCUGUGGGAGGUGGACGACCUGACCUCCAGGGUCAAGGUAGACCGGGCCUUGGCCCACCAGUGUCCACAGAUAGGUCAGCAACACUUCCCUCUAUUCACUUUACUUGUCCAGCACGAUCGCUCCUUGUUGAAUUAAUCAGUUUUAUUGAAUUACCAGUAGCAUUUUGAUUUAGCAUAUAUUUGUAUGCUGCAGAUCUAUUUACAAAGUUAUCAGUGGUGUGUAGUUAUGAAUAUUGAGUAGAAUGGUUAGCAUUAAGCCAGUGACUUAAUCCUCUAUGUUUGACCCACACAUUGUAUUACAUGAUAUAUUGGUCUAAUAUUAAUUGAUCAGUACGUGUUUUUUUGUUGUUGUCUUUAGUCAUUUGUCUAGCAUCCUGUUAUUAGUUCCCCUUGCCAACACACUGACUGAAGUAUUUUGUUAUGGUGUUUUUUUUAUCUGAAGGUGUCAUUGAGAAGUUGCAUGAAGCUGCUUACAAAAACGCUCUAUCCAACUCCCUGUACUGUCCUGACUACAUGGUUGGCAAAGUCAGUGGUGAACAGGUAAGACUGUGUUAAUAGCCGCGUUAAUAGCUGUUAAUCACUACGUUCAUCGCUGUGUUAAUAGCUGUGUUAAUACCUGUGUUAGUAUGGCAGUAUUGUUCACUAUAGUGCUACUUUGUGUUUGUCACAGCAUAGCUCUUUCUUAAACUCUCUCCUACUUCCUUAUCCCCCUUAGCUGCAGUCCUUUGUCCAGAACAAUUUCACCAGUGCCAGAAUGGCUCUAGUAGGACUAGGUGAGUGUGUCUGUCUGGUAGUCUUUUCGAUCCAGUGGCACCCUGGGUUCUCCUUUCUUCUUUCUAUGUCUUGCAGCUCCUUCAGCAUGGCUCCAGGGCUGUUCUGAUUCCUUGCCCUACCUUUUCCCUGAAGUGUGCAGCCCCUCGUGGAUUGAAAAGGAAUAGAGUAAUGCCAGGAAUAUGGUGGAAACUCACUCUAGCCAAUUUAUUACUUUUAAAUCCUUGAGGGGAUAUUGAGCAAGUGCACACUUCAGGAAGAAGGGUAGUGAAUCGGAACAACCCUAUUGAUUGGGUCACUAUAAGGGUCAUAUCCUUUGAAUUAGACCGAUGUAAACACUCUCUCCCUCUGUGUGAGUGCUUGCGUACUGUGUACACAUCACAUUUCCUUUGGCCUCUGUCCAAACCCUAGAGUUAAAGGCUGUCUAAAGAUAUGUGGAGUUAGAGGUCAGCUGUUCUGCUCUAGUAUGACGCUGUGUGUGUGUGUGUGUGUGUGUGUGUGUGUGUGUGACAUGACUGCUCUCUGGUAUGUACUAGUGAUAGGAAAUAAAUAGAUAGUUACAUAUCGAGAUAUUAUUUUUGACGAUGUAUCGUUUUGACAAUAUCGCAAUAUUAUUUUUGCGCUAGUUGGCUGUACCUGCCCCAAAACUCCAGUAUUUUUCCUUCAGAGCUUGUUCUCCAUCUUCUUUUUAAAAAGGGAGCCAAUUUGUUUUCAGCACUUACACUACAUGGCCAAAAGUAUGUGGACACCUACCCAUCGAACAUCUCAUUCCAAAAUCAUGGGCAUUAAUAUGGAGUUGGUCCCCCCUUUGCUGCUAUAACAGCCUCCACUCUUCUGGGAAGGCUUUCCACUAGAUGUUGGAACAUUGCUGCGGAGACUUGCUUCCAUUCAGCCACGAGCAUUAGUGAGGUCGGGCACUGAUGUAGGGCGAUUAGGCCUGACUCGCAGUCGGCGUUCCAAGUCAUCCCAAAGGUGUUCGAUGGGGUUGAGGUCAGGGCUCUGUGCAGGUCAGUCAAGUUCUUCCACACCGAUAUCGACAAACCAUUUCUGUAUGGACCUCGCUUUGUGCACGGGGGCAUUGUCAUGCUUAAAAAGGAAAGGGCCUUCCCCAAACUGUUGCCACAAAGUUGGAAGUACAGAGUCGUCUAGAAUGUCAUUGUAUGCUGUAGCGUUAAGAUUUUCCUUCACUGGAAUUAAGGGGCCUAGCCCGAACCAUGAAAAACAGCCCCAGACCAUUAUUCCUCCUCCACCAAACUUUACAGUUGGCACUAUGCAUUGGGGCAGGUAGCGUUCUCCUGGCAUCCGCUAAACCCAGAUUCGUCCUUUGGGCUGCCAGAUGGUGAAGCGUGAUUCAUCACUCCAGAGAACACGUUUCCAUUUCUCCAGAGUCCAAUGGCGGCGAGCUUUACACCACUCCAGCCGACGCUUCGCAUUGCGCAUGGUGAACUUAAGCUUGUGUGCGGCUGGUCGGCCAUGGAAACCCAUUUCAUCAAGCUCCUGGCGAACAGUUAUUGUGCUGAUGUUGCUUCCAGAGGCAGUUUGGAACUCGGUAGUGAGUGUUGCAACCGAGAACAGAUUAUUUUUACGCGCUAUGCGCUUCAGCACACGGCGGUCCCGUUCUGUGAGCUUGUGUGGCCUAUCACUUCGUGGCUGAGCUGAUGUUGCUCCUAGACGUUUCCACUUCACAAUAACAGCACUUACAGUUGAUCGGGGCAGCUCUAGCAGGGCAGAAAUUUGACAAACUGGCUUGUUGGAAAGGUGGCCUCCUAUAACGGUGCCACGUUGAAAGUCACUGAGCUCUUCAGUAAGGCCAUUCUACUGCCAAUGUUUGUCUAUGGAGAUUGCAUGGCAGUGUGCUCGAUUUUAUACACCUGUCAGCAAUGGGUGUGGUUGAAAUAGCCAAAUCCACUAAUUUGAAGGGGUGUCCACAUACCUUUGGAGUGUAUUUCCCUUACUGAUCAAAACUGAUUUUCUCAUGGUUCUCUCUUGUCCUUCUGCAGCAGACAUAUGGUGAGCAAUAUAUAUAUCGAAUCGCAAUAAAAUCACAGUAUCGAAUCGCAAUACAUAUAGAAUGGCACUAGAUAUCGCAUCGGCACCUAAGUAUGGUGAUAAUAUCGUGAGGUCCCUGGCAAUUCCCGGCCCUAGUAUGUACCCCUGUGUGAAACACUGAACUGAGGGCAUGUGAUGACAGUCUACCUGUGUGUGUCUCUUGCUGGCUCUCUGGUGUGUGUGUUGCAGUGACAUGGCCCCUGUUUGUGCUGUCUCUCCCCAGGUGUGAAUCACUCUGUGCUGAGGCAGGUAGGAGAGCAGUUCCUCAGUGUCCGCAGUGGGGCUGGAGUCACUGGGGCCAAGGCUGUAUACCGCGGAGGUAAGACCCAUAGAGAGCCUUAGAUGCAAUGCACGCCUAACUGCUGAGCUCUAGUCUGGGCCACGGAUUCAGUCAACCCCAGUGUGUGAGCUAGGAUGGGUGUGUGCGUGCCCUGAUGGUGGUUAACCGUGUGUGACUGUGUCCCUUCAGGUGAGCUGCGGGUGCAGAACGGGGCCGGUCUGGUCCACUCGUUGAUCGCCAGCGAGGGCGGUGUGACUGGAUCAGCGGAGGCCAAUGCCUUUAGUGUGCUGCAAAGGGUUCUGGGAGCCGGGCCACACGUAAAGAGAGGCUCCAAUGUCACCAGCAAACUGAGCCAGGGCAUCGCCAAGGCAACCACACAGCCCUUCGAUGUGAGUAACUUCCCUGUUUGUUGCUACAGUUAUGCCUGUGUUGUUGGUUGUGGUCACUACAAUAGAAAUCGAUAUUCUACAUAGCUGAAAUUCUACAUAACUGAGUUUUCAUUGUAUGAUUGUCUAAAUUACACACAGAUAUCUGGUAAGACAGAGAAAAAUAAAAGGUUUAGAGGUUAGAAAGGACAAUGAUCUUGGACUAUCUUGUGUACAGAAGUUACUCUAAUGCUUCUUUCUCUGUCUCCUAUGCAGGCCACAGCCUUCAAUGCCACAUACGCUGACUCCGGACUCUUUGGAGUCUACUCCAUCGCCCAAGCCGACUCUGCAGGAGAGGUGAAUACACUAUAAUGCAGUAGUAACAUAAGGACGUGUUAGUACCUGAUAUAUGUUGAUAAGUGACUGUCCCUAACAGUGACUGUCCCUCUCUGUACAGGUGAUCAAAGCUGCCAUCGGCCAGGUGACAGGGGUUGCGAAGGGAGGCGUGUCCGAGGAUGAUGUCACCAGAGCAAAGUGAGUUCACCAGACAAUAUGGCUCAUUAGGUGGACCAUGAAACUUGGCGCUAUCUCUCUGGUUUUAUUUAUUUUUAUUUAACCUUAAACCAAGCAAGUCAAUUAAUAACAAAUUAUUAUUUACAUUGAUGGCCUAUAAUAACUUAUUGCCCUGAUUUGACCUUUGACCCUGUCCCCGUCAUACCUGGUAGGAACCAGUUGAAAGCCGAGUACCUGAUGUCCAUGGAGAGUUCUGAGGUCCUGCUGGAGGAGAUGGGGGCCCAGGCCCUGUCCAGCGGAGCCUACCACUCACCAGAGACCGUUACCCAGAGCAUCGACUCUGUCAGCCACGCUGAUGUCGUCAAUGUGAGUACACUUCAACAUUGACCAUCAUGGCUAAGACAUAAGAAACAUAAAUAUAUCUAUUCACAUUCAAUAUACACCGAGUGUAUAAAACAUUAGGAACACCUUCCCUUUUGCCCCCAGAACAGCCUAAAUUCAUCAGGGUAUGGACUCUACAAGGUGUUAAAAGAUGUCCUUUGGGUGGUGGACCAUUCCUGACACACGGGAAACUGUAGAGCAUGAAAAGAACAGCAGCGUUGCAGUUCUUGACACACUCAAACCGGUGCGCCUGGCACCUACUGUAUUAACAUACCCCGUUCAAAGGCACUUAAAUAUUUUGUCUUGCCCAUUCACCCUCUGAAUGGCACACAUGCACAAUCCAUGAGACCCAUGGGGCGGCGCACAAUUGGCCCAGCGUCGUCCAGGGUAGGGGUGGGAAUGGCCAGUAGGGAUGUAGCUCAGUUGGUAGAGCAUGGUGUUUGCAACGCCAGGGUUGUGGGUUCGAUUCCCACGGGGGGGUAUGAAAAAUAAAAAAAUAAACUAACUGUAAGUCGCUCUGGAUAAGAGCGUCUGCUAAAUGACUAAAAUGUAAUGUAAAAUGUAAUUGUCUCAAGGCUUAAAAAAAGAAAGGGGAAAAAAUCUAUAUAGAAUAACAUUUUUGAAGACUGAUUUCUGUGUGCCUCCUACAUUUAGGUUUAUUUAUAGCAGGUGAGCUGGGGACAGAGAGGAGGAAUAUGGGACAAGGUGAUAAGUGUAUUAUUUUGUUUUUCCAGGCUGCGAAAAAGUUUGUGGACGGCAAGAAAUCGAUGGCAGCUAGCGGACACCUCGCCAACACACCCUUCGUGGAUGAAUUGUGAAAAGAAACAAACCAUAAACAAUGAAACAGUUAUUUAACAUUUUAACCUGGGCAGGUUGUGCCUGGCUGCUUACUCCAGAAAAAGGAACCUGGUUCUGAUAUGAAGCCCAUGACUUCUUCUCACAGCAAACGAUAAUCCUUUGUUGUUACAAAUCAUGUUAAAGUUAGUUCUGCAAUAAGUGUACACAGUCUGCAGGAAUAAUUAUGCAUUUUUUUUUGUCAAUUUCACUGUAUAUCUGUUGUAAAUUCAUUAAAUGGUCUAUCUACAGUAAUGGCAGUCUCUGAUUUGAUCACCAAGGUGAAUGAGAAUUGAAUAUAUCGUUGAUGUUAUUCUGCCCAGCUCCUGCAGGGGGGGACGAAGAGCUGUGAAAAUCAGUUAGAGCUGCUACAUCGGCAAAAAUGUUGCAUCUAGUGUAGCAGCCAGGUAUGUUAGAAUGAGGGGAAAUUGUGGGGUAUUGUUUUUUAUACUGAACAAAAAUAUAAACGCAACAUGUAAAGUGUUGGUCCCAUGUUUCAUGAGCUGAAAUAA